GACUGGUGACCAUUGACUCUUUUGCCCCUGCCUCUGAAGCUCAACUAUUUGGAGCCCUCCACCCUUGCCGCCGCCGCCGCCGCCGAGGGCUGCAUCCCGGGGGAAAUCGAGGGUCUAGCGAUGGACGUGGAGUCCUGCAACCUCAGCGGCAACGCCGACGCGGUGGAGUUCUGCCCGCACCGCCCCUUCCGCCACGUCCUGGCGGCCGCCACGUACACGCUGCAGGAGCAGGCGGGGGAGGAGCAGCAGCAGCAGCAGGACCGCGUGGGCACCGUGUCGCUCUUCUCCGUCGACGCCGGCGCGGAGGACGAGUCCCGACGGCUCCGGCUGCUCCACACCGUGGAGACCGCCGGCGUCUUCGACAUGAAGUGGAGCCCUUCGGCGCCGCUGCUCGCGCAGGCCGACGCCCACGGCCGCCUCGUGCUCCGGCGCCUCGAGCAUGAAGACGGCUCGGACGAAGGUGUUGUUCUCACAGACGUGGUUGCUGGAAACAUUUCUUCAUCAAUGUGCUUGUAUGUGGACUGGAACCAAAAUGCCGAUUCCCUUGCCGUUGCAUUAUCAGAUGGUUCACUGUCUGUGGUUCCCAUGAGAGAGGACCGCCUGGAGGUAUCAGAACAAUGGACUGCUCAUCAGUAUGAAGUUUGGACAUGUUAUUUCGAUCGUGCAAGACCACACUUGUUGUACAGUGGAUCGGAUGACUGCUCUUUCGGUUGCUGGGAUUUGCGGGAAAGCCCAUCGAAUGCUGUGUUUCGGAAUAAGAAGACUCAUACUAUGGGUGUAUGUUGCAUUGCUCAGAACCCAUUGGAGGAGAAUAUGCUACUCACUGGAAGCUAUGAUGAAUUUCUCAGAGUUUGGGACAUGAGAUCAAUGAUGAAACCUGUGGACGAGAAGUCCCUAAAUUUAGGAGGUGGUGUAUGGAGGUUGAAAUAUCAUCCUAAUAUUCCAGAUAUCGUAUUGGCUGCAUGCAUGCACAACGGUUUUGCCAUUGUUAAAGCAGGGGCUGGAGAUGCUACCAUAAUGGAAACAUAUUGCAAGCAUGAGUCCUUAGCAUAUGGUGCAGAUUGGCAGACAAGUGAAGCAGCGGAACAUAACACAGAUUCUUCAGUUAUCGCUACUUGUUCAUUUUAUGACCGCCUUCUCCGUGUGUGGCAACCAGAGAACCUAGUCAACCACCCAACCUCUUAAGGCAUAAAACAUCAUUAUUCCCAGUUGAAGUAUCAAUAUGGCAUGGACCAACCUAUUCCCUGAAUGAACCAAAUUGAUUUCAUUCAGGUAGCUCUUUGAAUUUAUGUUAAUUUAUUUCAAAUGAUGAGCUUAUAGUAGUAUGAUGUCUAAUUUAUAGCUAGGCAUUCACAGCAAUCAGUAUUUGUUGUAAGCUUCCACAAAACUUUGAAGCUAUCUGUUCAUGUUAUUUGAGCACAAACUGUUUUGAAGUUCAUCUGGUGACUGGUGCAUAGAAGUGAUGAUUCAGCAACAAUCUAGACAUCUACCUGGAAGAGCCUCUGACUAAGCUUUUCGCUGGUCAUAAACUAAUAAUUCUGUCUGAAAACUUACAGUAUGCUGUACGCAGUGCUUUCUUAUUUUUCUUUUUGAUCACAUUCUGAUAACGGCUGGAAUGGUUACCGAUUUUACUUUUCCAGUGCAUGCACUGUUGCUUAUAUUAACCUACUGCACAGUAUGGUCAACAUGCUAAUCACAAUUCUUAAAAGUGUUGGAUCAUUGUUUUUCUUGGAUGAAAUUUGAGGUGUUGGGUAGUUGCCACAGCCUCAGCGGGCCAAAACAAGGAAAAAAGUUGUUAGUUACUUUUCUGAUAAGUUAAAAAUAUAUUGCGGUCUAGUGGAUCUUACUAAGUUACUAGUGACUCAUGAAGCAAUACUCAAACCACGCUUCAGUACAGCUACUUUAUUCUUUAUCGUUUGCAUUUUCCCAGAAAGUUCUGAGUCCUGCCUUUGUGCUAAUCACACAUGGCUCAGAAGGCAGGACGCAGAUCAGAUCAACUGGUCCAGUUUACAGAACUGUUCUGCUCCUAUCGGUGAAAAUAAUGAAGACAUGAAUCAAUUUUGACAUGUACAUGACAGUGGUAAUAACUAUGGGUAACAUUUGAAGAUAACUUCAAAGGAUGCUUCAAUUUGUUUGUGACUUGUUCUGAAUUCAUUAGAGGCAAAUCAUCUACAGUAGAAUGAGAUACCUUGGUAAUAAUGGACAAGAUGUGAUCUGUGUCACUUUGAAUAAGCGGGAAUGCUGGUUGGCAAGUCAGAGAGAUAGAAUAAUGAGAAUCAUAUGGUUUGCUUGGGAUGAUAAGUGAAGAAAGCUCUAAGGUUUCCCUUCCUGCAUCCUUCUAUCUGACACCACUAAGUACUAACUGUGCACUAAUAAGAAUUAUCUGUUUCUACAUCAGGUCACCAAGAAUAGCUGUAUUCUGAAUAUGAACAAUAAAGAUAGUGAUGUGUUCAGUCUUAUGUAGCUAAGUAACCUUUGAUGUUUUCUGACCUUUUUCCUUAAAAAGGAUUCAAUAGCAACUGUUUGUUUAGGUUAGCUACCAAGGGGACUUGAAUUUUAUUAUGCUAGAAUGGCUUACACUAGCCGGUUUAGUUGUGCUCUUAGGCCUUCACCUGAUGGCUGACAUGCAGUGGGUAUGUUAAUCUACCCUUUAGCUGAGCCUUAUAGAGUUGUAUUGGAUUCAUCCCACUGAUACACGAGGCAUCUAGACCCAAGACGAGGCUAUGUGACAACCUAUUGCUUGAAUUUUCAUUGUAGAGAAUCUGAUUUACUGUCUGACAUAAAAUCUCUAGUUUGAUCCUACUCAUCUUUGCAGCCCUGUUGUAUUGAAUUGACAAUAUAGUUGACUUUCCAGACCUUAUCUGCUGAUGUCAUGGCCUCCUUUGGUUUCAUCAUUAAUGGCUAGGGGAUUUCUUUGACGUGAAGGGGUUCACCCCUACAUGGCUAAACCUAAUUUAUGGAUUAGUCUGGUAAGAAUACUGUAUCUAUGUUCCAGACUUUAACUUUCUAAGUAAACACGCGCUGUCUAUACAUCUGUUUUACUCUCCUUAAGCAUGAGAAACCUAAUUUGCAACCCUGAACAUGAUAUAUAUUUUUUGAACGGAAAAUUAUAGGGGAGGCUCGACAGUACAAAUUUAGUAAAACAAGUACCCAACUUUGUACUAAACCAGAGACAAGUAAUAUGGAUCGGAGGGAGUAGUAAUAUUUACAAGAGAGGGCUGUACAGGGGGAGGGGGAGAAGAACUGCUAAUCUGGUAAGCCUGCUCAUCCUUCAUUCUGUAAGAGAGAAGGAAAAGGUCUCUUUUAAUGAGGAAAGGCCAGGAGGCUAAACUAGGAGGAAUAUUAUUGAAAAAUUCUAGCAUUUCUUUGUUUCCAAAUGUUCCAAGCUGCUACAAGAAAGGCUUCUCUUGAGAGAGGUUUGCUGAGAGGAAGGAGCAAGGUGAAGAUUAAUUGAGGCCCAGCAGCCCCUGCUGAAGGAGCAGUUCCAGAAAAUAUGAUCAUGAGUUUCAAGGGUCCCCGAGGUACGUAACGCAGCUGGAACCGCCAUUCGUAUGGAAGUUAUGCCUUUCAAGCAUAUCUUGAGUAUUUAGUCUGUCAUUAAAGAGUAAACAGACAAAAGCUUUGAGUUUGGCUGAGCAUUUGGAUUUCCACAUCCACGAGGAGAUGCUGUAUAUUUGGUGGCAUAAUAGCCAUUCCCCAAUUAGUCAGCUCUACAGCAGCUAUAUGAAUUACCCACAUAACCAUUGGUAAGAAGUAACUAACUUGGUUAAAAACAUAAAUCUAGUAUCUACUCCCUGUCUGCCUGCCUGCCUGGAUUUGAUAGAAUCAACCAGGUACAGCAUGUUCCGUGGCCAUCGCCAGUGGUAACCAACCAAUCACUAUGGUGGGAACCACAAACCUUGGUUCUUGUCUCUGACGUCACUGAUUGGUGCAUUUCUGCGAGGGCACUCACUAUGUGCAUCCCUCAGCCAUCUACUAAAAGAACGAACAUUCGGAAAGUUCGUUGGAUUGCUCCACUUGAUUGCGGCCAACGAUUAAACCCCACUUUGGUGGAGCAGUGGAGCCCCACGAUUGGUGGUAGUGAUUUCCUCGCUGUCGUACUGGGAGCACUUGUCCACUGAUUAUACGUAGUUGAUUUUAUUUGAGGAUUUUAAUGUAUAUCCAGGGAUGGCCCAGCUGGGACUCGAGAGUGCUAAUCUUACUUGGAAGUUGGAACUGAGAUCUGGUGAUCAUGUCAACUUUAACAGCAUCGAGAUGGGAGAUGAUUUAAUUAGAUAGAGGACUUUCUAAUCUACACUCCAGGGUUGGGAAAUGCAACACUUCGGAUAAGCAUGAAGUAUUGGCUGAAUAGGAAGGCCACAUUGCUCUAGCUCCAUAUUCUUAAAGGCAUAGCUUUAGAGGUGGAGUGUGCUUCUUCAGCUUUUUGUAAAGGCUUAGGCUACCUUUAUAUUUUAUGGUAGAUUCAGCCCACAUGAUCAGUUCCUGAAUUUUAUAUUUGCUGGUAAAUAUCUCUAGCUGAAAGCACUGCUCUGCGAGGAAGGACCUAUCACCUAUUAUACGUGCUACUGGAUAAAACUGGAAGGUCUAAUGUCAAUGGAAUUAUGGGACAACUAGUGAAAAUCGAAUGACAAAUCAAAGAGAUAAUGAGGUAAAAUCUGCAUCUAGUGAAAAGAGAUAUGAAGUUUACGAGUAUAGAUGCCCUGGAAUUGGAUGUUGAUCAUAGCUUCUGCAGUGCCUUUUGUAAAUGCUCUCCUUUUUUACAAUAUAGGUUUAACAUUGUUCUGGUGAGUAAAUAACUGCUUUUGAUAACAGUGGGUCUGGGAGUGGAAUGGGAAUUUCUCUAGAGAGAAUGUAUGAUGAAAUUGACAUGUAGGGAGGCAACAACGACAUCAUUGUGAAUUCCAGCAAUUGAGCACUCGACACAGUAAAGUUUAGUUUACUCUCAUUGUCCUUUCUCCAAUAAUGCAUUGUACGCUGGCCAAUUUAAAAUGCCACCUUGCAGAUUCUUGGUCCUUGCACUAUGAUUUACCUGGCAAAGCACUUGCAGACAUCAGCAGCCUCACGAGCAUAUAAGGCAACCCUUCCCUCUCCUCUUGUCCACAGCCCCUACCGACUAUGGAAGGCGCAUGGCUCGAGCAUCUACAUGGCUCUUGAGAGCGGAAGUAGGGUCGGGAUGAAGCGCAAAGCUGAGCUCUCCUGCGCAGGAAGCGCUUCAGCUUUGCGGUGCCUCUCCUGACCUCCCAGGUGGUCGCCUGAGGUACGCAAGAAUCGGCAAGUCACAAAACGGCAAUGGUGAACUCCGGCAGGAGUCCACCCCCUUUUUAUCCUUUUCUCUCCAUUCAGUUGUAUCAGGUGGAAGUCGAAUAAUCGGAAGUCUGUGUGUGUGGUGAAUCCAUGGAUGCUUCAAGUCCAUGUUUUUCCCUCUUCCUUUAUGUGUACUCUGGAAACACUACUAUAAAUGGCUGAUGUUCAUCUAGCGAAACCA